AUGAGUUCUGCGAAGAAAACAAGGCUUCAAAGGGCCAUGAGCAUGAAAGCUGAAGGUCUUUCGCUCACACCCAUUGUUCGCAUUAACCCAUACAUCGAUUAUAAUGAGUUAAGUGCAGGAGAUAAGACAAAAUAUGCUAAAACGGCUAAAGAUAUUAUGGAAACAAAGAUUAUCAAAUGCAAGACCUCUCAAGAUUACUUCAAGUGCAUGGCAGCAUUCCGUGAGCAGCGUCGUCAACUCGCUCUAAAGGGUGAUUAUGAUGGUGCCGAAAGAAUUGAUGGAUACAUUAGAAAACUUUCCGAUUUCUUCCUUGAGAAUCACAUGUAUACAUCGAAAGCUGAACUCUGCGCUGUUUCAGAGUUUGUAUUCUCAACUCAGAGAGAUACCGUUUCAACAAUCUCUGAUCAAUGGGAUACUAAGAUUGAAAAUAUGAAAUCACAGUACAAGAGAGAGCUUUCUAAUCUUGAGAGGCAAAAUGCAAGCAAAUUGGAGAAGUUUGACAAUUCUCAUCCAGAUAAACUUCCAAUCAGAUACAAUAAACUCUCACCAGAUCUCCUUAACCUUCGUGAGCAAGAAAAGCACUUAAUUGGAUCCCGCCGCUUUGCAGAAGCUAAGCAAUAUCAUAAAGAAUACGAAAAACGCAAGAAAGAAGAACUCGCCAACCAGAAAAGACAAUACUUCGACGAUGCUGAAAAGCGCAGAGCUGAGAUUAUUAAGCUUGGCGAGAAGAAAGUUAG